UUUCUAUAUCGGCGCUUAGCACGUGUAGUACGCACGUUGCGGAAUUUUGUUAUUUAAAACGCUAGAUUACACAGCUCCCCGAUGGUGCCGAACGAGAAAAGCUUCCCCCGAGGCGGGACAAUCCACACCGAGGCCAAAACCACCGACAUCAGCUCAAAUAUCGUUUUUGGAGCCUCACAGAAGAAGGUGAAAAAGGCCCCAAAAGUGAAGGAUAACCUUUUGAGCGAUCCAAGCGAUGAGCAAAAUGACCAACUGGAGGCCUUCUCCGCGGAAACCCUUAACAUGGACACGCUGCAGGAGGACAUGCUGGUCAUGGGAGUGGUCAAGGAGGCCAGCGCCACCGCCCUGCAGAUUGCCCUGCCCGGGCGGCUGUUCGCUCGCACCAUGGUGGCGGACAUCUCAGAGGCCUACAGCCGCGUGGCCCAGGCGGCCAUGUCGGGAGACACCAGCGAAUACCACGAUCUCGCCGAGCUCUUCCAGGUGGGCCGCAUCGUCUACGGCAAGGCCAUCAAAACAGAAAAGCUGGGAAGCGGCCGAAUCAGCCUGUUGCUCUCCUUGAAGCCCGCCGAUGUCCAUGGCAGUCUGCAUCACAAGAGCAUCAAGAAGGGAUUCAUCUUCUCAGGCGCCGUGGCGGAAAUCCAGGAGCACGGCUAUGUCAUCGAGUCCGGAGUGCAGGGACUACAGGCCUUUGUGCCUUGCGAGGAGCCGGCACAAACGCUUCACGUCGGCCAACUGGCCUUUCUGAAGGUCAAAAAGAUCCAGCAUGACACCCACCAGAGCACCUGCACUUGUGUUCAGGUGGAGCAGGACCAGCUGCGCAUCAAAAGCCAAAACGAGACGAAUCUCGACUACAUCCUGCCAGGCAGCAUAGUCAGGUUUAAGGUGGCCAAGCACUUGAAGGAUGGACUAAAAGGCAGCAUCAUGAACGAAUCCUUCAGCGCCUACAUCAACGAGCACCACCUGGCUAGCCCAUUAGACACCUUGGAUGCCUACGAACUGAAUGAGGACUACAAUGCCAGGGUGCUGUACGUGAUGCCCCUCACCAAACUGGUGUACUUAACCCUCAAUCUGGAUAUAAAGGCAGGAGAUGAAGUGGGUAAGGAUCAGGAUGAGGAGGGGCAGGAGGAAGAGCCCCUCAAGGUGGGCUCCGUGGUGGAAAAGGCCAAAGUCCUGCGCCUGGGCAGCGGAGGAGUGGUGCUGCUGCUCAACAAGAAGCUCAAGGGCCUCAUAUCGUAUGGUUCCAUUAGAUCCAACUUUAAGGGCAACUAUGACAAGGACGAAGUGCUGUCCAAAUAUGGACGAAAAACCAAGCACAAAGUGCGCAUCCUGGGCUACGAUGUCAUCGAGUCCUUGUACUACUGCUCCGACGAUCCCAACGUGGUCAACGAGAAGCUCUACUGCCUGGAGGACAUUAAAGCCGGAGACGUGGUCACAGCGAAGAUUUUCAAGAAGGACGACAAGAUCAAGGGCUGGUCGGUGAAGAUCGGCAAGGUCAACGGAAUACUGGAGCAGCUUUACCUGGCACCGAAUGUCCGCUACGAUGUGGGUCUCUCGGUGAGGUGCCGCGUCCUGGAGGUCAAUGAGGAGCGCAAGGUCUGCUACCUGAGCAAUCGGAGCGAGUACUUGGGCAAGGGAAUUAAGCUGCUCACCGAUUAUUCAGCCGCCCAUGCUGGAAAUGUAUAUACUGGCACUGUGGUGCGAUGUGAGGACAAUUACGUGCUCGUUAAGUUCGGCAAUGGCAUCAAGGGAGUCCUGCACAGGCAGAAUCUAAAGGAGCAGAGCUCCUUCUUCGAGGGACAGACCACAAAGUUCCGUAUUCUGAACCGCACCAAGGAUCAAAUCACUUUGACCCUGCCGGAGGACAAGUUCCAGCUGGGCGAGAUCUGCCCGGUUGAGAUAACCAACGCCUUGGACGCUGGACUGGAAAUAAAAAUCAGCUUGGCUGCCGAUGAUGAUGAAGAGGACGAAGAUGGCAAUACUAAGGUGGAGGAGUACGUUGGCUUAAUACCACUGCGCUUGCUUUCGGAUCAUCUGGAGUUGCUGCACGCUCACAUGCGGAUCCACCCCGCGGGUUCCCACACCGAGGCAGCCUGCAUUAUGCAGAACAUCUUCAGCUUGCGCGAUGUGGCCUACUUUAGUGGCCAGCUCACCAAGGACUGGCAAUCGGUUCAAGUGGGAGACAUAAUCCGUUCCUAUGUGAAGCAUGCCACCGAGCAGGUGGUGGACCUAAUGGUGUCCGUUCGCAACUACAACAAGCCGGUGAAGGUUCAUGUUAAGAUGCUUCGUCUGAAUGCCGUGAAAAAUGCGCCCGUGGAGCUGGUUCCAGAACAGCUGCUGCUGGUAAAAGUUCUCAGCAAGGAGGUGGAAACCAAAACGCUGACAGUGUCUGCCAAACUGACAGAUGUUUGGAGCGGGGACCUUGGUGAUACUGCCAAACUGGUCGAGAGCUACCUAGAUGAAGUGGCUCAGAUAAAAUCAGCGCUGGAGGAAACCUCUGCUCCCAUUGCCAAAUACUCUGUUGGUGAAAAAAUCGACGUGGGUUUCAAGGGCAUCGAUCCGACAUCCCAUGACUGGGUAUACACAGUGGAUGGCAAUGCCAAGGUGUCCGCCCUGCUGCUCUCCAGUCUGGCAGGAACUGCAACAGCUCCCGAGGCGGGCAGCAAGCACCAGGCUGUAAUUUUGUGGAUCGACUAUUCCAGCGAUGUGCUGCUCAUUAGCAACAAGAAGCAUGACAUUGCUCAUAUUUCGCCAAGCGGAGAUCUACCCACAAAUCUGGUCGGCAAGGCCGGCAUGAAGGCCAAGGUUCUGUUGAAACUGGAGACCGUGGUAGUGUGCUCACUGAAGAAGGGCACAAAUCCGUUGGUCAUCUGUCCCGUUCGCUUACACCCCAACGAUGUGGAGAACUCUGGAAGUGCGGGCCUGCGUCAAGGAGAUUUCUGCAACAUAGCAUUUAUUCACGACAAACUGCCAAUCGCAGUGCCAGAGACUGUUUGGCGCAUCUGGAGGGGAGUGAAAAGAACAGCGGAGUCUGAGGAUACCCCUGUGAAAGGCAAGAAGUUAAAAAUUGAAGAGACGCCCAAACAGAAGAAGGUAACAUUUAAGGAACCACUGGAACAGAAGGAGACUCCGACGAAAAAGAAAGCCAAAGCAGAGGCCACACCCACCAAGAGAAAGGCUGAAGAGGCAGAAAUUCUAACCAAUGGCAAAAAGAAGACUCAGCCCUUGAUUAAUGGCAUUUUAAAGGAGUCACCCAAGCAGAAUGGCAAGCUAUUCUUCGAGGAUAAAAGUCCAGCCAAGAAUGCAAAGUCAGAAACACCAAAAACCAAUGGAUCUGAAACCAAGACGCGGUUGCCCGGUGUAUCCAGUUUCUGGGAGAGCGAUCUGAACCAAUCAAAGGAAGCUUCCAGCGACGAAGAAGAGGAGGAGGAUGCAGCGGAAACCCAGCAGAACGCAGCCAAGAAGAAACGUCUCAGCGCCAAGGAGAAAGCAAAGGCGGAGGUCAAGGAGGAGCAGCGACUGCGGGAGAUCGAGGAGCGCAAUGCUGAUCCCAACGCACGUCUGGAAUCAAUCGAUCAGUACGAGCGUCUAGUGAUUGCCCAACCCAACAACAGCAUAUCCUGGCUGAAGUACAUCGCCUUCCUGCUGUCCAACACAGAGAUUGAAAAGGCUCGCGACUUGGCGCUUAGAGCCAUAUCAACAAUUUCCUUCCGGGAAACCCAGGAGCUGAGGAACAUAUGGAGCGCCUUGCUCAACAUGGAGCUCGUCUACAGCGACAAUUUCGAUGAAGUACUCAAGGAAGCUCUGAAUUGUAACGAUCCUUUGGAAAUCUACAUAAGUGUUGUAGAAAUCCUUAAGCAAAACAAGAAAAAGGAGCGUCUCUCAUCCGUGCUGACUACAAUCCUUAACAAGUUUAAGGCGGAGCUAAGAGUAUGGCCCUUGGCUGCCGAGGCCUACUUCUGGCUGGGAAAGUCCGACCAAGUCCACAAUCUGCUCCAGCGCGCUCUGCGAGGUCUGCCAAAUCAAGAGCACAUCCCCUGCAUUGUGUCCUUUUCCAAGCUUUAUGCGAAACACGAUAAUAAUGACAUGGCGCAGACAUUGCUCGACGGUGUGGUCACUUCCUAUCCCAAGAGAAUAGAUAUUUGGUCCGUGUAUGUGGACAUGCUGAUCAAGGCGGGACAAAUCGAUUCAGCGAGAAAUGUUCUGGAGCGUGCCGUGCUGCAAAAACUGAAGCCAACCAAAAUGCAAGUUAUAUAUAAGAAGUAUCUGCAAUUGGAGGAGAACCACGGCACGGAGGCCACUGCGGCCAAAGUCAAGCACCAGGCCGAGCAGUGGGUUAAUAACUACGAAAAGUCCAUCAAGUAGUUACGUCCCAGCCCCCCAUUAUAGAUCAUAAUUUAGAAUUAACUUCAGAACGUUACAUUCAGUGUUUUUUUCAUGAUACUUUAUUCUAAAACUAUUUUAAAUGAAGUGUGAUUCCGAGUGCUACCUUUUAAAUAUAUAUGUAUGAUAGUACCUAUA